AUGGCUGCCCGCAGCUGUAGCGAUCACUGGGAGCCGAGAUCACCGUUCCGACGGAAAAUAAUGUCUUUUAAACCACACUGGACUUUGGCUUUCCUCCUCUUUGCCUCGAGUCGGUGUUUUGCCGACGGCGAUCACGAAAUGGAGGAGUUUCUGAAGCGGGAGUAUUCCCUCUCGAAGCCGUACCAAGGUGUGGGAUCCUUGGGCUCCUCGCACUGGGAGCUGAUGGGGGAUGCCAUGGUAACCACCGACCAGCUGCGACUCACACCUGACAAGCAGAGCCGGCAGGGGGCAGUGUGGAGCCGCCUCCCGUGCCAUCUGACGGACUGGGAGAUGCAGGUGCACUUUAAGAUUCACGGCCAAGGAAAGAAGAACCUGAAUGGGGAUGGGCUGGCCAUUUGGUACACUAAGGAACGUGGGCAGAAAGGUCCUGUAUUUGGAAAUAAGGACAACUUCACCGGCUUGGGUGUGUUUGUGGACACGUAUCCCAAUGAGGAGAAACACCUGGAGGCGCAGAAGAAAAGAUACUCUCCUCGCACACAGAGGAUCUUCCCCUUCGUACUGGCCAUGGUCGGGAACGGCAGCGUCAGCUACGACCACGAGAGGGACGGUCGGCCCACGGAGCUGGGCGGCUGCAACGCCAUGGUGCGCAACCUCAAGCACGACACCUUCCUCUUCAUCCGAUACGUCCGCCGCAGGCUCACGGUGAUGAUAGACAUCGACGGACAACACGAGUGGAGGGACUGCCUCGACAUACCCGGGGUGCGGCUUCCCAAAGGAUAUUACUUUGGAGCCACGGCCGUCACGGGGGACCUCUCAGAUAACCACGACAUCAUUUCCCUGAAACUCUACCAACUGACGGUGUUGCGGAGUCCAAAGGAAGAGGAGGAGGAGGAGGAGGAUGAAGAGGAGAUAACUGUACCCAGCGUGGAUAACUUUGAGCUACUCCGACUGGGUCAGACUGAGGAAGGGAUGAGCGGAAUAGCGAUUUUCUUCACCGUGUUCUUGUCCAUGCUGGGCUGCAUCUUCCUGGUGGUCAUCGGCGUGGUGGUCUACGGCCACUGGAGCGAGAGCCGACGCAAGCGCUUCUACUGAGAGACGAAAGAAAAACCAACCGAAACUAUACAGACACAGAGGAGACACCGAGACGGGAAGCAAGACACUGCCGGCGGUUUUACCCCGAGGACACUAUCGAUACGGGAGAGACGGAGGAGACGUAUCGGCCGCUGCAAAGAGCCUCCGUCCAACUCUCGCCUGACGCACACACACACACACACACACCGACUCGGCCUUAACAUCUCCACCUCUGUACUUGUUACAUGGCAGACGUGCCGUAUGACAUCUGACGGGCAGCUAGUAUGGUACAAAAAAAAAUCCUAUUGUGUGAAGAAAAAGUACCUAAAGUACAGUAAGGUGUCCAGUGUUUUCCUGCUGAACACUAUGACUUGAAGCGCUGACCAAAUAGCACUAAAGGCAAAUGAUGCCACAUUUACUGACGCUCCUUAAAGAUCUCUACUCUUUGCUUUAGAGGCAAAGUAUAUCUGUGCUUUUUACCUGCUUAUCAUUUUGAUGUGUAUAUAUAUACACACAAACUAUAUUGUGUGCUGUUUAUUCUCAACCUGCAGUGGUAACAUGCAUGACAUUUGUUUUUUCAUGAACGGUCCGGGCUCGGUUUACACGGGAAACAGAACAGUCCCAUUGAUGCAUGUGUCACAGAUUGUGUGUUUCGGGGAAACGUUGUGUCUCAGUUCCCCUCCGCGGGUUUUGUGCGUGCAUGUGUGUGUGUGUAUUUGAGAAACAAAAUGUUUAUCAGUCUGAAAAUAUUUAAGAUGGAUACAUUUAGAUACCAGAAAUGAACUUUGCACUGGAUGGAAUUUCAAUGACUUCUUUUGUUUGUGUCUCUCUUAUUUUGUAAAAACACGGCUUCUGCGUUUGUGUGUCGUACGACACAGAAGUGAACCCAACAGGCCGGCGCCGACCGAAGGAGGACCACUCCUCUUUGUUCCGUUGUGGGAAAUAGCAAGCGGCUUCACCUCAAUAACAUCAUCAUCUCCAGGUUGUGUAGUGGUUUGUGCAGCGACCAAGGACUUCCUUUUUUUUCCUGCAGCCACUUUGACAAACACGAAUUUAUUUAUAAUCCGUACGUUUCUACGAGAACCGCGUGCCUCAUGUAUCCGUCCAUCUUUUUAUUUAUUGGAUUUAUUUCCAUUGCCUCAUUAAAGACCGAUGUGAACGUUGAUUAGGACAUCUAGCAUUGAAAGGGUUAUAUGUAGUAAUAUUUUGCAACGUCAAAGAGUGGACCAUCUUCUGGAAAACAGCUCAUUUUAGAAAGUUAAGUUUGAGCUGCAGCAUCCGACUUUUCUGCUGACUUCCUGUGAAAGUGCUCAAGGAAGCAGAGGUUCUUUUUCCCAGGCUUUAGAAAUGUUUACAGCGACAUACUCAAGGCUGCUAAACAGAUUACGGUUCGGGUCAAAGAAUGUCAGUCAGUUGAGUGCCAAGCUUUGUUUUAUUAAAAAAAUAAAAUACAAAUGAUGACCCAACGAGUACACAGAAGACUUCUUACUACAAAAAAAAGGGGGUUUUAAGCGAUCAUUCAGUGCUUUAAAGUUGUCCUUCACCACUCAUUUCGCCUUGUUUAGUUAUUAACAAAACAAUGUAGAAACAGUGUUUCUCAUUUUGGGAAAAAAAUAAAAUGGGUCAACCGUCGCAUCUCAUUGGUAUUAAUCUACAGUUGAGGAAAAAACGAAAAGUUUUACAAGUUGCCUGUAGCACCCAAAUGUGACCUAAUUUAAGCCAACUACGUUCCACGUUGAGGUCUUUCAUGUGUAUAAUAUAUAAAACGUUCUGCAACUGUUGGCGCUGUAAUAACUGAGGAUUAAAAAGGCAACAGUCAGAACGCUGUCGCUGUAACAGAGAAAACAGAUGGAAAUUAGUGGAACAAAGACGAGGGAUGGAAAUGUGACAAACGGAUUAAAAAGAUAUCAAACAAAUUAUUCCAAGGAAAACCACGCCCUCCAGUUUCAAUAUCUCAAUGAUGUCAGGAGUAGAAAGUGUUAGUGGUUGAGGGAUGGAAAAAGCCAAAAAGAUUAUAUAUAUAUAUUAUAUUAAUAAAAAAAACGAAUGGCUUCUUAGCUGACACUGAAGCCUACAUCCUCACAUCAUUGCAGGUAGAAUUACAAGUGGUUGGUUGUUGUUGUUGUUGUUUUUUUAUACAGGUUCUCUUAAAACAAAUACAUGUACGCACACCGAAACAAAGUAGAUUACAGUACAUUGCAACGAGUACUCAGGAGUUGUAUUGCUUGUACUGGGGGACUCCUGACCAAUGACCGAGUGAGAGAAAAGGGUUUGCAGCAUAUAAACAGUAGGAUUAGUUUUGCAUAGCCUAGUUGAGUAAACUAUAGUAGACUACAGAGAUGCGUGACGCAGAAGGGAAAAAGUAACUACGGAGAAACCGUUAUCAUUAAAUGACCGCUUUGGCUCAAUGAGACUGGUCGGUCAUAAAGGGGAUCAAUUCAAAACUCCAGCACUGCUUGUGAAAGAUAACCCUGAGAUCGGGAAACCGUCUUGACCACCACACAAACGAGAGGGGAUUGUUAUCAUUAAGUGGUAAAAAUCACGCACCUCCGUCAAUUAAAGAAAAAAAAAAGGCA